AUGUGGGGACAAGAUGCAGAACUAUUGAAGGAAUAUUUCCUUACAGAGCAAGAAAGGAAUUCAUCAUUUAUGUUUGAAAUAGAUGCAGAUGAUGAAUUGGUAUUUGCAUGUGCAGUCUUAAGCGAUGAAAGAGCUGAAUCUUUUGUUUGGUUAUUUAAGCUAUUAAAGAAGAGCAUGCCUGCAAACACCCCAAAGAUAAUUAUCACUGAUCAAGAUCCUGCAAUGAUAAAGGCUGUAGCUCAGAGCUUAUCGAAUACAUUCCAUAGGGAUUUUUACAAGGAUUUCAAACAUUGCAUUUGGGAAUCAGAACGUCCAGAAGAGUUUGAAAGAAAAUGGGCUUCUAUCAUCGAAAAGGCGAACCUACAUGACAAUAAAUGGUUAAAGUCAAUAUUUGAACUACGUUCGAGAUGGGUGCCGGCAUAUGUUAAUCAUGUAUUCUCAGCUGGAAUGUCAAGUAGCCAACGUACAGAAAGCUCUUAUGCAUUUUUAAAGAGGGUACUUGCACAUCAACAUCAUGAAGACUUAAGUGGAGAAGCCUGUUUUGAAAUUGCCAUUGGAAAUGGAGAAGCAAAUGGCUGA